UUUUUUAAUUUAUGCUCUUUUUGGCUAACUACGGCGUGGACUUUUUAUUUUUUGUGGGUUUAGGCGAGUUCAGAUCCACACAGGCCAAAGACAGGGCGGGAGAGCGCGCCAGACAGCAGAGAUAGAGAGAGAAAGUUAGGAGUUGAAAACUUUUGUCUAGUGGGAUUUGAUGAUCAAUGGCUGAGAAUCAACAUCAGCAGCAGCCGCCGCCGUCCAAAUCUACAGGACCACCACGUCCUACGAUCACUUUACCACCGCGGACCUCUUUCGAAACACUAUUCAACGGUGGUGGUGGUGGUGGUAGUAGCGGGGCUGGUCCGGGGGUGGGCUUCAGCCCAGGUCCAAUGACUUUGGUGUCUAGCUUCUUCUCCGAAAGCGAGGAGUGCAAGUCUUUCUCUCAGCUCCUCGCGGGUGCCAUGACGCCUUCGGCGACUAGAACAAACUUUCCGAUUGGAGACCAACCAUCUUCCGGUGGAGCUGACGCCGAUUUCCGGUUCAACCAGAAUCGCCCCUCCGGCUUGACGAUUUCACAGUCACCGUUUUUCUCCAUCCCGCCUGGAUUGAGCCCCGCCGGAUUGCUUGACUCGCCAGGGUUGUUUUCGCCUGGUCAGGGACCCUUUGGAAUGAGUCACCAGCAGGUGCUAGCACAGGUCACAGCACAGGCUGCUCAAUCCCAUUCUGAAUAUUUAACUUCUUUAUCAUCAGCAUUGACCGCACCAAUGGCACAGCUUCCGCCAUUUUCAACAACAAAUGCGGCCACACAACAGGAAGUACCAUCUUCAAUGUCUGACUCCAGCAUUGCAGUAAAGGAAUCAUCAGAUAUCUCUCAUAAUCCAGACCCAAAAUCCCAUUCGUCUUCUUUUACAGCUGAUAAGCCUAAUGACGAUGGAUACAACUGGCGGAAAUAUGGACAGAAGCAAGUGAAAGGCAGUGAAUUCCCUAGAAGCUAUUACAAGUGCACACAUCCAAGCUGUCCUGUCAAGAAAAAGGUCGAGCGCUCACUUGAUGGUCAAGUAACCGAAAUUAUCUACAAGGGCCAGCACAACCAUCAGCCUCCUAAAAACAAGCAGCGUGGAAAAGAUAAUGGAAACUCAAGUGGGAAUUCUAGUGUGCAGGGGAAUCUUGAUUUAGCUUCCCAAGUUCAGAGUGGAUAUUUUAACAAACCAAAAGAAGGGACGAGUUCUUAUUCGAUGCUUAGGAAGGAUCAGGAAUCUAGCCAAGCAACACAUGAUCAUUUAUCUGGGACGAGUGAUAGUGAAGAAGUAGGAGAUGGUGAAGAAAAGGAUGAAGAUGAACCUGAGGCCAAGAGACGGAGUACGGAAGUCAGGUAUUCAGAGCCAGCUUCUUCACACAAGACUGUGACAGAGCCUAGGAUCAUUGUGCAGACGACCAGUGAAGUUGAUUUAUUAGAUGAUGGCUACAGGUGGCGGAAGUAUGGCCAGAAAGUUGUCAAAGGCAAUCCUUAUCCGAGGAGCUACUACAAAUGCACAACUCCAGGUUGCAAUGUACGGAAGCAUGUGGAGAGAGCAUCAACUGAUCCUAAGGCCGUGAUAACAACAUACGAGGGCAAACAUAACCAUGAUGUACCAGCUUCUAAAACUAGCAGCCACAACACGGCCAACAAUAACAGCUCAAACUCAAAUCAGAGAAUGCAAAAUACAGGUGGCUUAAAUAACAAAAUGGAUCUAAGAAACAGGAGCCAACAACAGCCCAUAGGACAUUUGCGCUUAAAAGAAGAACAAAUAACAUAAAGGUUCUCUCCAUCUUGAGUUAGAAAGAUUAAAAAUUUAAAAUUGCCUCAAUCUUUAGCCAAAAGCUGCAAAUUGUCUCUUAAGUAUGGUUUUUCAAUUUUCACUUCAGAGCCAGAGUUUCGAACAAGGCUCAUAUAUAUACUCCCCAACUGCUAAUGUAUACUAGGGAAAACCCGGCCGGGUCAAACAAGUUUGCUAUAACAUUGUAUUGGAAUGUAUUUUUGAGUGUUGUAUGUAUAUGAUGAAGCAUUUUAUACUAAAAACCUUAUUUGGAUUCUUUUGUACAUGCAAAUACGGAAAUAAUGUGGUUAUAUACGUAAUUAUUUGAUGUUGUA